UUAUAGGGCCUGCGCUAGUGAGUUGUGAUUGUGUUUUCUUAUCAUAAUUCAUAUUGAUGUGAUACUCAGGCUUCCGUUAACUUUUGCUAUAUAAAUUGGACCUCCCGAGUCGACUGGUUGUGCUUUAUAUUUCAGGUACAUACCGGAUACUAUACACCAUAGUAGAAAACCAAUCAGUGCGGGUGUUGCUGAAACAGCAAAUCACUUAUCUAGAAAAUUCCAAAAUCAUCUUGAAGGAGCAAGAGACAGAUGUGAGUCCUACUGACCAAGAAGGGAGACGAUAAAGAUGGCAGAUGUUCAGACCGAAGCUGAUAUCUCUUCAGCCAAGAAGAAAGCCACAGAGAGCUCCGCCUCCAAAGAGGAACGUCUGUGCCUCAUCUGUGGUGACAGAGCCAAUGGGGUACACUACAAUGUCUUAUCCUGCGAGGGAUGUAAGAGUUUCUUCCUACGCAGUACCAAAUCCAAGGCAACCUUCACUUGUUCUCAGGGUGGCAAGUGUUCCAUGGAUUUGUACACGCGACGGCAUUGCCCUGCCUGCCGAAUGAAACGAUGCGUAGAACUGGGAAUGAGUGUAGACAGAGUGUGGGAUGAAGACCGUUUGAAAACAAGGAAGAGGCUGAUCAGAGUUAAACGGAAGAAAAAACAACCAAUAUCAGACCCCAACCACACCAGCUCUGCUCAGCGGAGCAUGACAUCACCUUCAACAAGUACUAAAACUUCCGCUGCUAACUCCCCUGCCCCAGCCCCAGUCACCCCCACGCUGACGCCAAACUUGACCCCUGUGACAACCCCAGGAGUGACCCCAGGGACAGAGUCGGCAUUGAGCCCGGGUGCCAAUCAGGUCAUGACCCCGGACAUUGCCGCUUUGAUGAGUAGCGUCAUGAUGCCUGGGUUUGACCUGAACACCAUGCAAUCCUUGACCCCAACUGUUCCUGAACCACAAUGGGAGCUGACUGAAGAGCAACAGAACCUGGUUGAACGAUUGGAGAAAGGAUAUUUAGCAUCGAAGGAGGUCUUCAAGAACAUAUUUCCAAAAGCCCCAGGGUCUAUACCUAUUCCAGAAGGGACCAAUGGUAACCACGGGUCAUCAAUAUUUGCACCACCAACAACAGCAGCAGCACUGACAGUAGACGCAACAUCAUCCAAUGUUGAAGCCCCUGCACCCACCACCUCCUCUCCCAAGAAUCCUCUGAAUGCCCUGACCUCCCUUCUCCCAGAGGGGAUGACCCCUGCCAAGGCCCUGACUGCCUUAGCAACAGGAGAGCUGAACAUUCCUGAAAGGUUCAGUCUUGGGGAUCUCCUCCCUUCAGGACUGUCCAGUAUAGCUUCCAGUUUGCUCUGUAGCGACAGCAUUCCUAUGCCAGGAGCUGCUGCAGACAAGGACUCAUUGGGAGAUGGGACUUCCGACCCAGAGAAAAAGGAGGCGGGGCCAUAUCAAUCCAUACAGCGUGUCACGUCGUUCAUCACCAACGGCUCCAUGAAGGAAAGCGGACCACCUCCCGAGAAACCCAAGCUACCUAUCCACAAGGAGCUGCUUCACACAGCCAUGGACAUGUUUGCCAUCCUCGUCAAACAGACAAUUCACUUUGCUAAGACCAUUCCGGGAUUCAUGGAUCUGAUGUGUGACGACCAGGCUGUUCUCAUCAAGGCAAGCAUUAUGGAUGCCUUGUUGCUACGAUGCGCCGAGAGCUAUGUCCCCGACAUGGGAUGCGUCAUCAAUGAGAUGACUAAUGAUCUCUUCCACAUCAAUAUGAUGUAUCAGAUGGGAUAUACCUCAUUACCAGAGCAAGCUUUCCAAUUUAUGAAGGAGACAAAAGAAUGUGGACUGACAACCGCUGAAUAUGCAUUACUCAAUGCAGUGGCUAUACUCUCACCAGAUCGGACGGAGCUUCAGAACCGUGAGCUGGUUGAGGAGAUCCAGUUAUCCAUUGUAGAGACACUUCACGCAGCUACCAAAGUCUUCCAUCAAGAAGACCGAACUCUGUUUGCUAAACUCAUCAUGAAGCUAACUAAGAUGAGGGACAUUGCAGUGGUACACCUCAGCGACUUGAUGGAGGUGCAGGUACAGGAGAGGGACCUUAGCCCCCUCAUCAUUGAACUGUUUGGAUUAGACACUAGCUCAGCCUCAUGACGAUGGGGAAAAGCAAAGGGAAUGGAAUAGAUUGCAGUAGGGAAGGUCAUGAUACACACUUCAACUAAACCUCAGAACCUUCCAGGGGUUGUCAAACACAAAGAGAGAUUCCAAGUCCAGAUUAUUGAAAUUGGUGAUUUGGAUACCAGCUCAACCUCACGAUGGUAGGACAAAAGUAAAAUGGAUGGAUAACAAUUCUGUUAUGAUAAACACAUAUGCCUCAGAACCUCACCAAGGUGUACAGACACAUUCAAAGAUACCGGUAACUAAGAGAGGCUUCAAACCCAGAUUAGUAUAAUUAGUACAUGUAAGUUGUAAACCAGCUCAGCAUCAUGACAGUAAGAGAAAAGGACUAGGAGUAGAAUGCUGUUGUUUUGGACAUAACUCAGAAAGUAGCCUGCACGUCAGCAGCCAUACUGACAUGCACGUACAGAUCCAUGUUGAUUGAGCUUUCUGAAAAACCAGCUGAAUGUCAUUCAAAUCAGAGUUAAGCAAAGCUGCUGGUUGUGGCUUCGAAUGAACAAUUUGGGACAGGAAGUAAGUGACAUUUCAGAGGUUUAUAUGUAGGGCAGAGACCUACAUGUAUGCAUCUUCAUUAUUGAGCUGUCUGGAAAAAGGGUCAGCUUGUGAAAACCGCUAAUGAUAUUGGAGAAAAUGUUAGGGAGCCAGUGCCGUCCCUCCUGGCUCUUUCAGGGUUAAGGGACAUCAAGGUUAACCUCAACAAGCUUCACGACCGUCUAAUAAGCCCUCAGUGAGGUCAGUGAAUCUGGCGCGCCCAGACCAACCUUUGGGAACAUAUAAUGUAUGCACUAUAAUGCAGUAAUUUUUAUUUGUGUCAUAACCAAUAUAUUGACCGUGAUUUAAUUCUUACACAAUUAUGUUUGUAGCUUUCUUCAGUUAUUCUCAAGUACACACAGAGAUCAAGGUAGGAUUAUUCUGCUGUGAUUCAGUUCUUAUCAGCCAGACUUUUUUAUCCUAACCUCUGGAUAAUUUGUAUGCCACAGGAAUCAAACACAGUAUUCUCUGAGACUAAGCAUACUUUGAAAUCAAAAGUUCUGCGUGUAACGUAACAUGGGCUUAGGGUUUUGUGUUUUUUUUGGGGUAUACAUAACAAGCUCAGUAGUUUGGUGAAUGGUCACUUACUGAUUACUAACAAAAUAGCCAACCAUCAAUCAUGGUACACCGUCAUCAGGUGGCUUGAUCAAGGCUAUUGAUCUUACUGAAUUGGAAAGUGAAUGAUGGGCUUUAGAUGUUGGAUUUGUACUGGUAUCUAAAGAUUUUGAUUAAACAAUUUCUUUCUACAAAGUGUUUUCCCCUCCAAAGAAAUGUGUAAAACUUGAUGGAAAUACAAGAAACUGUUAAUUGAAAUUGUUACUGAUAAUGGCACUAUGAAGCUCUGAAUUUAUUUUUCCUUCAGAUUUAAAAAGAGCAGCUGUUAAGGAUGAAUUUUGUUAAAUAGGAAUAAGGAUAGGCUGGGAGUGACAGACCAUAAAAAGUACAAAGGAAAUGAGUGCAACACACUUUCCAAGCAGGGCAAAUUGAAGGACCUCAAAAAGUUGGUUAGAGUUUCUGUGGCACUGCUUCAGGCUAAUUUGAGUGGAUGUACAUUAUUUAUACAUGUACAAUAAGUUCAGCUGAGGUGAGAAGUUCAUGUUGAAGUGGAUUGAAGGCCACUUACAGCCUCCCUUAGCUAUGCAUACAUGCAUGAUAGAAAAACUGUAAUCAAUCUGAUGAGAUUUCUUUGAUAUUGGGAGUCAUAUUAGAUGAUCAUAAUAGAAACAUUUGUUCUGUUGGAAUAACGGAUCAGGGAACACAUGAUUUUGUCCCUUUGUUUCAAAGGGAUGUUGGUUGCUUUUGACAGACAAAUCUCACAAUCUUACAAAUCAUACAAAGCUAUGAUAUGGGUAUGCUGCAGUCCGUUCAAGUAACCAGUGUAUCCCAAUUCAGGGGGGGGGGUAGCCAACAAAAUCUCACAAGUGCUGGAUAAUAUUUAAGUUCCUUUGAAAAUGUGCCCUCGGUUCUUAAUUCAUUUGUGUGUAUGUUUUUUUUUUCUGAUGUAGGCAUGAUUGGAGAAAAGAUUUCUUGCAAAUAUCUGAAUUGUAUUUCAUAGUUCAAUAUUCUUCACUUAAUUUUUCCAGAAUCCCAAUUUGUAAGAUUCACACCAAAAUCAAUAAAGCAGUACCAUUGGGACUCUGAACUUGGUUCUGCAUGCAGGUAGAUUCAUUGAACAAAGCCUUCAUUGUAGUAGAAAUAAAAAUCAAAGCUGAAGCACACCUGCUCAAACAUGUACCGGUAUGCGCUGCAAUUCUGGUUUUCCCCUGUCUACGUCCAAACAGCAUGGAUUCCUUUGUCCCCUUACACUGUUUGACUCCCAGAUCCAGAUACAAAUGUUACCUCUUAGUUUCCUUACAUUCAGGUUGGUACCUAGAGAUAGUGUCUCCUGCCUGUGAUCAAUUUUUAGUGGUGCUGGGGUUUGAGAUCAAGGAACUCUCCCAGAAUCUUGAUGUGCUGUGACUCUAAGUCAUUUCUGACUUUAAAAUGAAGUUUAGAGUGUAAAUGGAGUGGAACGUUACUCAAAAGAGAAGCAUGACAGUUUCCGAAUUUAACUUCCAAAUUUCUCAAAUCCAAAGCAGUCUUUUGGGCAUGUGAAGGGAAAUGUCUGUCAGCUAAAUCUCACAGAACAGGUGUGUUAGAUUUUUCAGGUUUGAAUUUUAUCAUAGAAAUUCUAAAUGACCAACUGUAAACUACAGCUUGAAAGUAACUUCACAUACAAGAGUAUUUUCAUUACUGUUCACAGUGCAUUUUUGUUACUAUCUUCAGAAGUGAUGUUACGAUUCAGACUUCAUAAAGUCUUUCUUAAAAAAUCUUUUGCCUUGUUAGAAUUCAGAAGUAGUGUAAAUGUACAGGAGUUUUAAUUUUUAUAUCUUUCAAAAUAUGAAAUGUUAUACAUAAGAUUAUAAAUGUCAGAAGAUUUCUAAGAAUGUAUUAUCUUUGUGCACCCAUGCUGAUUUGAAAUUGUGUGCUCUUUAACAUGAAUUUCAGACAAAAUACUGAAAAAUUCUUGUAUCACGAACUGAAAACUGACUGUAAAUGUUCUUGCAAUUAAAUGUAUACACCGGGCAGUCUGGAUGAUAUAUGAUAG